AUGUCUCAAACUGUUCCUCCUGGUAAUGUAAGGCCACAGAAAGAUGCAUCGUGGGCCUCACUGAUGACCUGCAGUGCGCGCAUGCCAGAACCCACGCCAAAUGGGAAGAAGGUGCACGAAGUUGGGUACAGACAAGCUGUGGAGGCCCUCAACAAGUUGGAUAUCCUGGGUAUUGCGACAAAGAGAAUGAUGGCUGCGGUUAAUGAUAUUGAGAAACUUACGAGGGACAUUGAUAAGAUUCUGGAGUUUGAAGCGCCGUCUUUUCCUAAUGUGCAGCUGAAGAGGUCAUGUGAACAUUUCAUGGGUGCGUAUGAGGAGAGGUUGGCCAGCUUGGAUCCCAUGAGAGAAAAUGGUUGUAACGAUAGUAUGUCUGAUGGAGGGCAAGAAAUGGCGUGA